CCCGUCAGCUAAUAUCCUCCAUUGCUCCUGGUUAAUCGUUGUAUUUUAUAGCUCUGUAGAAGAAAAGGUCCCUUUUUGACUUCGUUCGGGGGAUUCUAUUACACGGAAGGAAAACAAAAGAUUUAUAUUUGAUUUUUUAGAUUUGAUUUGUGAGUUCGUUCUGGCUAAGGGGUCGGGUUGUGGCAACUGUGGUUAUUUUUUUCAUCACCCUCGAGGAUUUAGAGAAGAGCUGGGUUGUAGCUUCAGCGUUUAAGGCGGCCGUUGCUGCAUUGGUGUCCGCGCCGGGGCUGGCAUGGCGGGGGGACUCUGAGGCCCUCUCACUGGACGCCACAGAUUCACUGCAGCGGCAUGACACGCUCUAGGCUACGCGGGGCGGCCUGGCUCCUCCUCCUCGACCUCCUCCUCGGCGCCCCCCUUGGAGUGCGUCCCCGGCAGCCACCCCAGCAGGAUUUGAUUCCUUUGGCUCAGGAUGUUGGCCGGAGCGAUGUUCAGGAUGCGAGACAGGUCGUUGAAGAUGACGUCAGCCAGGAAGAAGCUAGGUCACAGGGCGCUCAAGAAAGGUCAGGGGCAUCGUUCGGGCCCGUGACGUCGCCGUUCUUCUUCAUGUGCCAGUACCCGCGCCAGGGAGAAGCCUCGGGGGUCGAGGGGCAAGAUGCCCUCGCCGUCAAGGUCGAGUUCGCGGGAAGCGACAAGCCUGAGCAGGGCUACCAACCGCACGCGAUCUAUGAGGUGGCCGUCACGUCCAGCGCCGCGUUCGACGGGUUCAUGAUCACGGGCAUCCACGCGCUCACCAAAGACAUCUCGCAGACUGCGUAUCUCCACGUUCCCGCUUCGCUGCACGGCGGCGCCAGUGAGGGCCUGGUGUGCGCCGUCGUCCACUCGCACAUCUCGCGGAAGCCGCGGCACACGCUCGCGUUCCUGUGGAUGGCACCCCCGCGCGGCACCGGAUGCGUGGCCUUUCUCGCUCAAGGGUCCAUCGGGGAGCAAGUCCUUUUCAAAGACCUAAAUGUCUUAGAAGUAUGUGAAAAAGACGCCUCCGCCGCCGCCCCGCUGAGGGCGCCGCCCCCCGGCCUCUCCGGACCCCAACUCCCCGGCCUCGUCUUCAGGGACGACUUCGAGGCCGGCCUCGACGCGCGCAUCUGGAACGAAAUUCGCGGAGGCGAGGUCAGGCGAGGUCACGCAGGUCAGGGCGCCGCCGCCUCGUUCUUCGAGGCCGAGAGUGCCAUUUCGUCCGUGGCUCUCGACCUCUCCUCGGCACGCCACCUGCAGUUCACUCUCGGCGGCGGCGCCUGCGGCGAGCGCGCCCGAGUGCAGCUGCUCCUGGGCGCGGCUCUGGCGGAGACGCAGGCCGGCGAAUACCUGCCCGUCACAGGGCGCCAGAAGUACCUGACCCACGGGCCCGUCGUCAGCGCCUACACCAGCAGCAACGACGACCUCAACUCCGGCAGUGGAGGAGGCUCGGGCGAAGGGAGUCGCGAUGCCGUGUCCUUCGGGUCUCACGCAGGCGACCCGCUGGCAGGACUCGUGCUGGGGGCCGAGUGCGCGUCGUGGGAGGAAGUACAUAGUUACAGUCCGAGCGGUUCCGGGGAAGUGCAUCUGCAGGUUAUUCCUCUCCGCUUCCGCCGCCGCGGCGUCUGCGUCGGCUGGCGGAGCGCUCCCAUUGGUGGAAACGCCUCGGCCUGCUGGUCUCUAGACGACGUCGCAUUGGCUACCCACGAGUCCUCGUCUGAACCAAUCAGCGACGACUUCGACCCCGUGGAUCCUUCUAAUUGGUUUUUCUUCCCGGGGGCGAGUGUAAAGGAGCACUGCUCGUCGGAGGGCAACAGCCUGGUGUUCGAGGGGCAGCGCCACGCAUCGUGGCUCAGCACGCGUCUGCUCGACCUCGCCGCCGCGCCGCCGCCCGAGGACGUCGCCGUCAGGCAGCGCUUCGUGGACUUCGUUCCUCAGGGAUGGGAGGUGACGGGCGGCCUUGUGGCGAAGUGCGGCAGCGAGGCUUCCCUGGUCCUGGCCGGCGCAGGGCGCAGGAGAGUCUGCUCGCCGUUUCUGGACGCGAGGAACAUUGGCACUGUGGCACUGAAGAUGCAGCUGGGGGAAUGCCACACCUCGCACAGCCAGCGAGUGAGUGUGGACGUGUUUGCAGAGCAUGGCACCUUCCGGACGCUGCUGAGGCACUACCUGCUCACCUGGACUCUGGAUACCUACACGAUACCCGUGCAAAAGGAGAACCAGCUGCACCAUACCAGGAAAAGUUGGAAGGCCCGCGUGAACCUGGAGUGUGGCGAGGGCGCGGAGGAGGUGGCGGAGGUGGACGUGGAGAGCAGCGCAGACGGAGGGCGCAGCUGGUCGUCCCUGCACAGGAGGUGUCUGCCGGGCGGCUGCGCGGGCGGACACUCGGCGCUCUCCUCCGCCAUCACGAGGCAUGCCGUCGAUGGCUGGGGCCUGGUAACCCUGCCUUUACCCUACCCUGCCCUCACCCCCCACACGCGCCUUCGGGUGAAGCAGGUGCCGGGUUCCUCGGCGGAGGACUCGGUCUGGGCGCUGGACAAUGUUUUCGUCGGGCGGUGUCUCCGAGGCUGCAGUGGGCGUGGUCUCUGCCAGAAGGAUGGGCGGUGCAAGUGUGAAUAUGGGUACAGCGGACCUGCGUGUGAGGAUUUCGAGAGAGAAAAUCCUCUGUAUGUGUCAGAGCCGUUCGCCAACGCCCUUUCGGACUCGGCAAACAUCCUGCAGGUGUCCGGAGGCAAGACAAGCUACAGCUGCGGCGUGGUGGGGUCCGGAGCAGCGGCCGUGUUCCGUGGUGCUGGCCCGCGCGCGCUCACCACCGUGGACGUGAACACCACCCACGCCCACUUCCUGCAGUUCCAUUACGUGGGCGGUACCGUCAGUGAUGUGGGCAAGUGCCCCGGGCCCGACGACCCGGCGGAGAGCGUGUACGUGCAUUACUCGUGCGACGGGGGCGUGGGCUGGCACCUCCUGAGGACUCUCCCCGCCAGCCAGCACAAGGAGCCCAGCCACAUCUCCCUGGACCUCCCCCCCGGCGCGAGAGGCCCCGGCUGCCGCUUCCAGAUCUGGCAGGAGAGCCACUCGGGCGCCGGCAGAGACAUCUGGGCGGUGGAUGACUUCACUAUUACAUCUCAGCUCUUCAAUAACAUCGAAGUCGAUUUCAGUGACGGGGCAGCGGCCAACAGCUCGUUGAGAUUCCACCUGGGCGAGCUCGGGAGCGACCUCUGUGGGCGCGACUCAGCGCUGGUGUUCAAGGGCGUGGCUGCGGGCGGGGGCGUGUCUCGCUUCAUGGAGACCAAGUCCAUAGGCGUUGGCCCCUCCUACAUGAUGCAGUUCGACCUCGCCAUUGGCUGCGGCGACGGGGCGGGGACUCAGGGGAAGGGGGAGGGGCCAAUCUCCGUCGGGUGCGGCUCCGUGGAGCAGGAGUGUCGCUACAGCCCCGGCGUCCGCCUCGAGUUCAGCCGCGACGGAGGGGUGUCAGGCUGGGAUCUGGUACGAGAUCUGUGCCUCCCUGGCACCUCCCCUGACCCGGACUGCCUGCCUUAUACUUUCCACUCGCAGUCGGUGUACUACCCUGAUACCCAUACCCGCUGGAUGAGGGUCACCAUUCCUUUGCCGGAGAAGACGUGGGCGAGCACGACGCAGCUCCGAUGGGUACAGGAGGUCCAAGGGCAGGGCAGCAAGGUGACCCCCUGGUCCCUGGACGACGUGUACGUGGGCGAGGCGUGCCCCGACCACUGCAGCGGCCACGGCGACUGCGCCGACGGAGUGUGUGUCUGCGACGCCGGAUACGAAGGCGAGUCGUGCGAGAUGACGCCUUCCCGCUCCACGCCCUUGCCCACCAGCCUCGUGGACGGCUUCGAAGGUGGCGUGGGCGCGAACUGGCAGGUGGUGAGCGGGGGCGGCGUGGGCGUGGGCUGCAGCUCGCUCGCCCCGUACGGCCACGGGAGCCACCUCUACUUCUCGGGCUGCGGGACCAGGCAGGCCGUCACGGCGGAGAUGGACACCAGGAGGGCCAGCAAACUGGUGUUCGUCCUGCGCAUCGGGAGCCACGACCACGCCCCCUCGUGCCGCGUGGAUCUCGGCGACCCGCAGCGCAGCCUGGACAAGGGCGUGAUCCUGCAGUUCACGGCGGACAACGGUAUCACGUGGACCACCCUCAACGUGCACGACCCGCUCGACUUCAGAAAGCCGCGCCGCGUCGCCUACAGCCUCCCGCCGGACGCCCGCAGCUACGGCGUGCGGCUCCGCUGGUGGCAGCCGGACCACGACGGCGCCAGCACCGACCAGUGGGCCCUCGACAACGUGGAGAUCGUGCUAGCACAGAGGAAAGACACCAGCAAGUACAACAGCAAAGGUUUCCACGACAGCCUCUGAACCAGAAAAGAGUAAAUGCAUUUACAGCGACCUCUGACCUAUUUCAGCCUUCUUUCCUUGUGGGUGGUAGGUUAAGCUUUGUUCUUGUAUGAUGUGAAACCUUUUUCUUUAUUGUUUGUGUAGUUACAAUAUGUAUUAUA